UAGUCUCACCGGAGGAGAGUAAUAUUAACCACACAGUCAAGAAUAUGGUCUAAACCCUCUAGGUCUAAGGAUACCUUACAUUAUCAGAAACCGUCUCUGGCUGAACAGUGCUUUCAGGAGGAUGAGCCACAGGGAUAUAAAGUGAUCUUCCAACCACUGUGUGCCUUUGAGGUUGUCAGUGACAAUUUGCCUCAGCAUAGAACCUACUGGUCCGCACCGAUUUUCCUGCUCCAAAAAAAUAGAAAAUGAACAGUAACUUCUCUCUUUCGUUGAUGGACUGUACACCUACUGUUGUUCCUGGUGGUUGUGUGCAGUAUGGGAUCACACCUUCAACUACCUGCUCCUCUUCUCAGCACCCUGCACAUCAGCACCAAUCUACCAGAGGUCAGGGUGACUCCUUGGCUCGUGUGCCUUUCUUUCUGUACCCUGCUAACUUCGAAACCAGCUACUAUGAUGCUUCUUAUGGAAGUGCCUUAUUUCCUUAUGUCCCUUUCCAUGGCCAUUUUGGGGUGUAUGAUUGCCCUUUUGAACCAGCUUUCAUUCAGAAGCGGAAUGAACGAGAGAGACAACGUGUGAAGUGUGUGAAUGAGGGCUACGCCAGGUUGCGGGACCACCUUCCUGGCCCUGUCUCUGAUAAACGCUUGAGUAAAGUAGAGACACUGAGAGCUGCUAUCCGUUACAUCAAGUAUUUGCAAGAGCUUAUCAGUAGGACACCACCUGGGGGUAUUGGUUCAGAGCAUGAAAAUGAAGACAAAAAUGCAAGGACAAACAGGCGAUGCAGGGCCAGCACAGUGGAAAGUAAAUCCAGACUGGACCAUAAUAGUGAUGGUGAAUGCCACCUUCUAUCCUUUUCCUCUUCAUCUUCACCAUACUGUGAAUCGGAGGAUUCUGGCAACUAGA